GUCCCAUUAAUAGGGAGAUGCGCCACCUGAUUAGCAGCCUCCAGAACCACAACCACCAGCUGAAGGGCGACGUGCAGAGAUACAAGAGGAAGCUGAGGGAGACACAAGUUGAAAUUGGCAAGCUGCGCUGUCAGAGCGGGGAGGCUGGCCCGGGCUUGGAGGACGCAGUGAGCGAGGGGGGCGUUGAGGUGAAGAAGGAGGAGGAGGAGGACCAGGAGGAGGAGGAGGAGCGGCGGCGCGAGCUGGAGCGGCAGCGGGCCCGGGAGAGGGAGAGGGAGGCUGAGCGGGAGCGCGAGAGGGAGAGGGAGCGCGAGAGGGAGCGGGAGCGCCAGCGCA